CGUUUAGAAGUUCAGUACUAAGUAGUCAAGUCCUAUUUACAUAGAAAAUUAUUGUUCUAACUAUGCGGGAUUUAAGCAUUUUAUUUUUUAUCAUAUUAAUCAUGACGAAGACUUCAGAGGCGUCCCCCGACGAUGGAAGACACGAUGAGAAAUCAUCUCCAAAAAAGGCGUCUCCAGAAGGUGAAAGACACGAUGAGAUCUUAUCUCUGGAAAUAACAUUGUCUGAAGAACCGACAUCUCCACCUUAUUCGCCGCCAUACUUACCAACUCCAUCUCAGUCAUCUCCAACGCAUGCAGUUUCCGUCGUGAAAUGCAGACACUUGUCCAAAGUAAUAAAGCAUAUGAAGGCAACGGCCGCGGGGUUUAAUGAAGUGAAAAAUUGGUCAAGCCUGAAAGCGGAAAUUCGCGGUUAUAACGUUAACAAAUCGAUAAUCUCGUUGUACAAGAGAGACCCCAAUUCGAUUGGAUCUUUGUGGGACUUUUAUUUGUACAAGAUUUGGCUGGAGACGGAGAAUAUACACCGCUUGGAAACCGACACUAGCAAACAAACCAAGGUAAAGACUACUCACGGGAACGUUAUUAGAUCACUGGAGAACGACUUGUUGCGAACGUCCGAUUGCCUUAACGAUAACAACAAUUGUCCUUACGCCAAGUGUAUAGAGCCUGCAAACAUAAAAUCCAUAGUAAACAGAAACCGUUUUACAUUGUACAGCCAUGUGAAGAUAAUCGAUGCGUUGAAACCCACAACACUCUUCGUGCAAAUUUUGAGCAUUCAGGACACACGAUUGAUGAGUUUCCUUAACGGUAACAUAAAAUGGACCGGCACGAGCCAAGUAUUGGAAAAAUCUUGGCUCGGUAUUUGGUCAGAGUUUGACGUGACCGUAGACCACUAUAAGAAAAUCAAAUCAUACUUCACGUUGCAUAAUCAUUUUUUAAAUAUCAUUAUCACUAAGCUGUAUUGCAGACACUUGCUGUGUAUGGAAAAAAUAUCAGACGAAACGCAGAAAUUGAGUUACGCGACACAACUGACUACCUUACUCGACGACUACAAACACAUGUUAAUAAUCCAAGACGAUCCCAAUGUGAAUUACUUAUCGAAGGCUGUCGAAGAGAUGGCCACUAAAAAUGGAGAUAUAAUCAAAACGACAUCUCAGCUAAAGACAAACAUUGAAUCCAUGUGUUCGGUGCUGGAGUGCUCGGGGAUUGGGCAUAUUACUUUGACAGAAUAUGAUAAUGAGAUCAUUAAUGCACUCAAUACUAAUAAAAAAAUUGAUUUGGCAAACUCUCAGUCUGACGAAAUUGACCCCCUGCAAAACGUGAAAGAUUUUUUGGACCUUCUUCAAGAGUUAUUCAACGGCUUGCGCUUAGAUGUCACGAGGACAUUCCUUUCUCAUAUUGAUCAUAUGUUGUCUGCACCAGAUGAACAGAUUAUGCAAAAUUGACCUUUUCAAACGUUUAAUGUAAUUUGUUUUGUUUUUGGUUGUUCAGUUAUAUUAAAUUAUAUUUAUCCCUUCAGAUCUAGUUGGUAUUAAAAAACUAAUUAAUUCAAAAA